CUUAAGUUAUCAAAAUAAAUACAUCUCAGUCGUGUUCUUCUAAAAUUCGUUGCUAGUAAAUUGAUCGACCAGUCACCUCCUCGACCAGCGAAAAUGGACGUGCGCCAAUCAAUCUCACUGCAAAACCAUGUCUCCAUGAGCCUCGCCAAGAACGUGAUCUCCACCGUCUCUAAACCCUCCAACGUCAUCUUCUCCCCGGCAUCGAUCAACGUCGUCCUCGGCAUAGUCGCCGCCGGAUCCACCGGCGCGACCAAAGACCAGAUCCUCUCUUUCCUCAACUUCCCUUCCAUCGAUCAUCUCAACACCUUCUCCUCCGAUAUCGUCUCCGCCGUCCUCGCCGACGGCAGCGCUAACGGCGGCCCUAAACUCUCGGCCGCUAAUGGCGUCUGGAUCGAUAAGUCUCUGUCCUUCAAACCUUCUUUCAAGCAGCUCUUGGAUGGUUCUUACAAAGCUGCUUCUAACCAAGCAGAUUUUCAGACAAAGGCUGUGGAAGUGAUUGCUGAAGUGAAUUCAUGGGCUGAAAAGGAGACGAAUGGGCUCAUCACUGAGGUUCUACCGGAAGGAUCAGCAGACAGUAUGACCAAGCUGAUAUUUGCAAAUGCUUUGUAUUUCAAGGGAACAUGGAACGAGAAGUUCGACGAAUCGCUGACGAAAGACGGAGACUUUCACCUUCUUGACGGUAAUUCCAAAGUGACUGCUCCGUUUAUGACCAGCAAGAAGAAACAGUACGUGAGUGCUUAUGAUGGUUUCAAAGUGUUGGGGCUUCCUUACUUACAAGGAGAGGAUAAGAGACAGUUCUCGAUGUACUUGUAUCUUCCAGAUGCAAACAACGGUUUGUCUGAUCUUCUCGAUAAGAUAGUUUCCAAUCCUGGGUUCUUGGAUAGCCACAUUCCACGCAGACAAGUUAAGGUCGGCGAGCUCAAGAUCCCCAAGUUUAAGUUCUCUUUCGGGUUCGAAGCUUCGGAUGUUUUGAAAGGACUGGGACUGACUUCACCCUUCUCUGGUGAAGAUGGUCUGACUGAGAUGGUUGAGUCUCCAGAGAUGGGGAAGAAUCUAAAGGCAUCAAGCAUUUUCCAUAAAGCGUGUAUCGAGGUGAAUGAAGAAGGAACUGAAGCUGCAGCUGCGUCAGCUGCAGUAAUAAAGCUAAGGUCUUUGGCUGUGGAGGAAGAGAUUAUAGAUUUUGUGGCGGACCAUCCGUUUCUGUUGGUGGUCAUGGAGAACAUAACAGGAGUGAUUCUGUUUAUUGGUCAAGUCAUUGAUCCGUUGCAUUAAUCUUGCUUUUACCUGAGAGUAACCAAAUAAAAUAUGAGUUGUGGUUUGAGGACUUUUUUCCUGCUUUUAACUUUGAUGUGUGCAAUAAUUAAUAAUAAAUACUUUCUUUUUUCACA